UAGAUACUGAGAUUAUUCCCAAGGUAAGUGAUGAAAUCGAUAUUAGCGAAACUAGGGUCAAGGACCCAUUACACGGUAAUAACAACAAUAUACUUCAAGAAAUACCGAAUAUGACUCCUUACCUUGCACAGCCGGAAAAUAAUACGUCCUCUUUGAUUGAACCACAUUCUCAAAUCCCGAUAGGAGGAAUAGGAGCCAUCCCUACUGUGGCAAGCACUUUGAUGUCACCGCUAUCGGCAUAUAUUUUUCUUGCUCUGUUAAUUAUUGCGGUUGUGUGGUUUGUGAGACACACAUGGGGAUUUGAGAGGAAAAGUGAGCGGUUACCGGGAUAUGUGGAUCGUCGGAUAAUGAAGAAAAAAUAG